CUGCAUUGUGUUUCUGUGUUUGUAUUGUAGGUAUUCACAGAUCUUUGAUAGCUACCUACCUACUCCCUACCUUGUUUCCCCGCAAAGUUGAUAGGGUUCAUCAUUAGUCCACCAGUCGCUUGAUGCUAGCUACUGUAUUAUAGAUAAGAUUACGCGCCAACUGUGCAGUUCCGAGAUCAUUAAUUCGAAAUUCCAUUCCAUUUCAACCUACAGCUAUUUUAUUACUUUUCGAUGAUUUUCCCACGGCAACCUUCCAAAUAACUCUCAAACAACUCCCAACCAACCUGCAUAUCCCGCCUAACAUUUCUUCCGAUUACCAUUACUUUGCGCAGAUAUUACUUGUAUGAUCACGACCAUCUCUGCGCAACAUCACUCUUCAAAGUGAUCGCAAGUCGCAAAGAUGGCAGAAUCCGAACCCAGACCCACCGAAUUUACCCAAUUUACUGAGAUAGACUGGAAGCGCCAGGAUGAAGAAGAUGAAAAGGCUAUGAAAUCUUUGUUGAGUGCCGAGAAUUAUGGGAAGGACGGCGGCGAUGGUCUUUUCGGUGAUCGACCUUUGGAGGUGGGCGAGAAGGCAGAUGAUGCGCAGGAUUUCGAGGAUAUCAGCGAUGACGAUUUACCAGAGGAGGAAGAAGCUUCUCUACCCAGCGCGGUCGAUUUACCUGCUUUGACCGAUGAUGCUGGCACGAGCCACGACACCGAUGAUUUAUUUGGAGAGGGCAGAGAUUCUUCACCAUUUGCUUUUGAUGAUCAUGUUGAAAUACAAGAUGGAGAGUCACAGGCUGCAGCAAAUACAGUUGAGGAACCAGCGGGUCCGGCAGAUGAGGAAGAAGAUUUAUUGGAGCUCAAUUUUCCUGGCUACCAUCAAGCUCGGUUGAACAACCAAGAUCUUUCGAUACCUGCUCCUGCAGAAUCCGAAGGAGAUUUAGCCAAGCAGUUGUUUCCAAGUCUUGAACCUGGUGUUAUAUUGAACUUCAACGAAUUAUUACCUCCAAAGCUUGCGCAUUUCGUCCCAAAAGUCCCACUCAAGCAGCCUAAACCUCUAAAUCCUACAAAAGUCAGCUUAGACCUCGCUCCCGACCAAGAAAAAUCUUUUCGCAGCAAUAUAGGUACAGCGACAGGCGAUAAGCGCAAACGUGCGGCUGAGGCGGAAGCUAAAGGGCUUGUUGCGAUUGUUGAAGAAUCUGCUGAUGAGGUAGAGAAUGAGGAAACUUUCGAUUAUGAAGAACCAGCGGAGGAUGAGAAGCUUGGUGGACUUACAUGGGCGGAUCUUCAGAUGAUUUGUGAUGAUUGGGACUCUAAGAUAAAUGCGACACCCGAAGUUGUGCAACCGGAGCCUGUAGAUGAUCAGCCAAUGGAUGAAUGGGAUCGAGAGAUUCUAGGACAUUCCUCAAAACGGAUAAAGGUAGAGCAAUCGGAGCCAGACUAUUUCGGCAUUCCUCAAUUCGCCGUCCCAUCUUUCGACAACCUACAACAAGCUGUUACUAUUUCUGCCAAGCGUCCUUUCCUAGAUCUUAAUGAUCCACAUUUACUUUUAGAAGAGAUCAAGGUGAACUUCUCAUCCGCUGCUAAACGUCAACGCCUCGGUGGAAACUUCCGAGGAGGAAACAACAUCAUUUCCAAGAAACUGAGCAAGCGCUUCAAUAUUUCAAACGACGAAGCUUACGAUGCUCUCAAGGAGAAUCAUCAAAGUAAGGUUAGAGCAGCUAUUGGGAAUCUUACCGUCGAGCAUAGUCUCCCUGCAUUACGCCUUCAAUGGCCCUAUUAUAAGGUCAAAUUAUACACCAAGGAAGCUAGAGCUUUACAUCGACCAACCCUCAGAUUCAAUAAGUGGCUUAAUCAACCCGUCACCUUUGACAAACCAGGAAUGCGGAAGAAGAAAGAAGCCAGAACAAUGUCUAUUGCAGAAGUGUUUAAGGAAUCCAAGGAUCUAACAUUAGGUGACUUCUACUCCACUGCUACUCUAAUUGAAUACUCCGAGGAACAGCCUAUAGUACUUUCAAAUUUCGGCAUGGGUAAUCGGAUCAUCAAUUAUUACCGACGAAAGGAUGCAGAAGAUCAGGACAGACCCACUCCAGAGGACAAAAUUGGUGACACUACCAUUCUCCUCCCAGAAGACAAAUCCCCGUUUGCGAACUUCGGUUUCGUGGAUCCAGGCGAAACAGUUCGAGCUUUGCACAAUGAAAUGUAUCGUACUCCAAUAUUCAAGCAUCAACCCAAGAACACCGAUUUUCUCUGUGUUCGCAGUACUACGGGAGUUCAUGGUACUACAUGGCACCUUCGCAACAUAGAUAACCUAUUUGUUGCAGGUCAACAAUUCCCAUCGAUCAAAGUACCAACACCACAUUCGAGGACGGUUACAAAUGCUACCAAGAAUCGAGUUAAGAUGAUUGCAUUCAGAAAAAUCAGACGUAGUUCCACAAAGUCUUUGAGAAUAGCUGAACUUACCCAACAUAUCCCUGAUACGAAUGAUAUGCAAAACAGAGCAAAAUUGAAGGAGAUACUUGUCUACGAUAAAAACGAGAAAGUUUGGCGUCCAGAGGAAGGCACUACCAUUCCAGAUGAGGCGGCUCUGCGAUCCUUAGUUAAGCCCGAGGAUUGCUGCAUGAUCGAUGCCAUGCAUGUUGGACUAAGGAACCUCGCGGAUGCUGGUUAUGAUACCUUGAGUGAAAAGGAGGAAGGUGAUGAAGGAACAUUCAUCGACCGACCUCUAGAUUUCAAGCUUACUCCCUGGAACACAAGUAAGGCUUUCUUGGAUGCAACUUCAGGUAAAGCAAUGCUUGAACUUCAUGGUGAUGGCGAUCCUUCUGGAUGUGGGCUUGCAAUCAGUAUGAUACAAACUUCCAUGAAGGGAGGCUACAUUGGUGCCGUUCAGGGUCCAAAUGCUACAUCCGCAGCCGCCAUUGCUGCAGAGAGAAAGGCAAAUGGUGGUCAUACCUACAAUGUCAAGAAACAAGACGAACUUUACAAUAACGCCAUUCGUGAUAUUUGGGAGAAGCAAAAGUCGACUUUGUCAGACGCGAACGAACAUGUUUCAAACGAACUGGAAGAAGUAGACGAGGACGAGCGAUUCGGCGUAGCACCCACUCCACACUCCAUGCCCACCCCUGCGCCUUAUGAUGAUUCUUUCAGUCAGGUCAGCAGAGCCAGCAAUAUGGAUAACUCCUCCGGCAAAUUCAUGCGUAUUACUCGCAGGGUUAAAGUUGGCAAUUACGGACAAACCGAGGAAAGGGUCGAGACGGUCAAGGAUAUGCGUGUCUGGAGAGAAUAUAUUAAGCGUAAAAAGAUCAUGGAAGCCGCUAAUUCAGAGUAAUUCCCACUAGAUUGCUUUAUUUUCUUUUUGUUUCCGCUUGGGGACGAUAGCUAACAGUGUGUUUUUAGUGUUUAUGCCAUUACUCCUUCUGGUGAUGCAGACCUUGAUAGAGCUCAUCGUGUUCAGUAAGUACUCCUUACCAUCUGCCCACCCCUUUUCACUCUCUAUCAGUAACAAAUAGCCAUAACUAACACUUUAACCACAGAGUCCAAAAAGAACUCGAGCGUCUCGAACGCAACCAAGAUCGUCGCCACGCCCGUGAGAAGCAAAAGUCCAAACAGUCCAUGGCUGGUCAACAACUUCUUAAUCCUGGUUCCCCUGGUCCAUCUGGAGCUCCCGUUUCCAGCAUUGAAAAGCCAGCUGGUACCACGAGGAAAUGUGCAAAUUGUGGUCAGACGGGCCACAUCAAGACGAACAAAAAGUACUGUCCCCAAUGCCAAUUAAUCAGCCCUUUUCUCUUUCCAGCUUAGGUUCUAUCACAGCUACAGUUACGAAGUGCUCAUACUGAGGCCGCUGUUUGUUCUUGCUCAAGGAGCCGACUUAAAGGAUAUUUUUUCUCCUAUAAGUGGAAGUAUCCAAGGAUUCAUCUACAUCUCAUUCCUCUUCGCCAUUUUUGCUUAAUUUUGUAACUUUUUCACUUAGCAUAAACCAAAGAACCAUCAUUUGCUGACAUACAUUUUCCCUAACAAUCAGACUCUGUCCUCUUUUGAAUGGCACCAUGAAGCCCGAAGAUGGCGCGCUCAAUCAUGGCGGGUUUGGUGCUAUUCAAGCCCCACCUUAGCUUUGCAAAACACUGCGUUGGCAAGCAGGCGAUACACAUUUUCUCCGCCCUUGCCUUCCAACAUACACAUCGUGUGGUCUUUUUUAAUUUCACAAUACACGACAAAUACCCACGAGGAGUAUUACACAAGGCUGUCUGGUUUGCAAAUUUACCUUUCCUUUCUUUGGAUUUCCCUCGACAAAAAUUCCAUAGCAACGGGUCGGAUUGAAUCAUGUGUGGCAUGGGAUAAGGCCAAGGAGAACCCUUAACACAGUGACAGGCACGUUUACAAAAAAAAGGCCCAAAAACAUUCUGUGUCAUCGAUAUGAGAAAUGCCUUGAGCGAAAAACGUCACGGAGAGUUGAUUGGGACACAGACUAGGCCUUGUCGCAAAAUAUUGACAAAUCCUACAAUCUUGUGGCGAGGAAAAUAAUGCGAGGCAUACCGCGUCUUAGUUUUGGUAUUUUUGGUGUGAUGUUGGUUUGAGGAUGGCUCAUAUUUCGUCCCAUUGCUGCUCGUCUGCACAUCUUACUCGACUGGAGGAAAGAGCACGAAAGUUGGCCUGAUAGAAACCUUGGAGCCGGCGCUGAUAUAGCAGGCAGGGAGAUUAGUUUUACAAGACGCAUCAAUAAAGCACACACGAGACACGAUACAGUAUUCACCAGAAGGCGUUUUUCAUAUUUCAUUUCUUUUUCUUCAAGCUAAUGUAGUCUUUCAAAUAACCGAUGGACAUUCAAUGGUUGGUUUCUUUAACGUUUUAUUCCCCGAUUACACACGCGGCUGGGUAAUUAUCGGCGUUAUUAAGGCUAGAUGUGGUUUGAGGGUUAUGGAGUUUGUGAAAGGUGGUUGAACAAGUCUGAUCUGCACAGCAUGGCGUAACAUGGCAUGGAAAGGAAAAUUGACAAGGGAAGGCGUUCACAUACGAGUUAUGGAGUAGAAGGAGAAUUCGAGUGUUUUCUCAAGGCUUACCUUACGCACAUUACAAAUGUCGCCGGCCGUGGUAGUUUGCUUUCUGAGGCUCAUGAUACAUAGAGUAUAAUUACAUGUUAUACAGAGUUGGCUGCAAUUCUUCUGUUUUUAAAAAAUAAAAAUGAGCAUUCAUCUUCCAUAAGGAUUAUAUUGUCGAU